AUGUCUCCUCUUGGAUGUUCCCUGAGCCGCCAACUCGUACUCAUCAUCUUGGCGGCGGUAUCCCAUGCCGCGUUCUACGAACCUUACAACUUCAAUGCCUUGAAGCACCUCGGCCGGGCAUCCCCAUAUUUUGAGCUUCUAGAUUCACAACCUGCAUCCCCAGAAGCCCCUCAGGGCUGCACGGUGACUCGCGCUUCCUACCUAACCCGCCAUGGCGCUAUCAACGUAAACGACGAUGAUUAUGAGGAUUGGAUCCAACCAUUCCUGUCAAAAUGGGCGAACCACACGGGUACAGACUGGGCUCAUGUAGCGCCAUUGAGCUUCUUGGCCGACUACAAGACACCAUUCCCGCCCGGGGCCGACACGCCGGAACAGGUCACUAAAAUCGGCGAAAUGGAGGCCAUAGAACUUGCCAUUGACAUCACCUUGCGAUAUCCACACCUCAGAGUUCCCUCUCGGGUCUGGGCUUCGGCGCCACCGCGCACAUUCGACUCGGGCAAGGCGUUUGUGCGCGGGCUGCAUACCGAGGACCACCCAGUCGACCUCGUCAGUGUCGUCGAAGGAAACCUCGGUGGUGCCAACAGCUUAGUUCCAUACCAGGCUUGUACCAUCUACCACGAAGGGAAUGACGAGGCUUCCACUUACCGUGAACUCUUCACCAAGCCCAUCAAGGCACGUUACAACGCCCUAGCCCCUGCAUACAACUUCACCACGACGGAUAUAGUGGGGAUGAUACUUCUAUGCGGUUAUGAGUCCGUCAUCCGCGGCCAGUCUCCCUUUUGCGAUCCCGCACUCUUCACACCCGACGAACGACUCGGUUGGGAGUAUGCUGACGACAUUCGAUACCACUACGAUGUCGGUUACGGCAACCCCCUAUCCGGCACCAUCGGAUUUCCCUGGCUCAACGUCACCGCCAAUAUGUUGAUGGCCGAGAGCGCUGACGAGGACAUCUACGUCGGUAUCUCGCACCGCACGCUGCCGUCUAUGGUCUUCGUCGCUAUGGGCCUGUUCAAUAACUCGGCGUUCGGGGGCACGGCGGCAUCUAUCAACGACACGAUGCCACUCGAUCGCAUCAACCCGCGUCGGGCGUGGCGGACAUCGGAGAUAACGCCGUGUCUGGGAAACCUGGCCCUUGAGCGUUUGUCUUGCACUGGAAGCUACGGGUUUGAUGAUGGGAACUACUACCGUGCCCUGGUGAAUCGUGCACCACAAGCGCUACCGGGGUGCACCGAUGGGCCGGGGACGAGCUGUUCGGAAAGCGGAUUUCUGAAAUUCUUGCAGGAGAGAGAGGCCAUGUUUGGUGGCUUCUCGGAGAGGUGUCAGGUCGAUUACGAUAACAGUACGGAUACUGUGUCCUUUUACCAUUCUAUCUGA